GCACAGGUGUCUUCCAAAUCAGCUGUGGGCGGUGUUCAAUUACAAUUCGUUUGUGUUCUGGUGCUGGAAUUAAUGCAAUUUAAUUAAAUUAGAGCAUUGGACAUGUAGCGCAGCUGGACAAUAGGAGAACAUGAAAGAAGUGGGCAUCGCUUUGCCUAAGUCCCGAGGAGUGGGCGUGGGAGUACUUGCAGCCUUCCUGUUGUGCUUCAUAUUCUACUAUUUUUACGGGGGCUAUAUGACGUUGGCGCUCUUCGCUAUAAUCAUCCUAUUAAUAUUCUACUAUGCCCAAGAUCUUCUUCUCUAUCAUCCGGACCUGCCAGCCAACUCUCGCAUUUAUGUACCUAUUCCGACGAUGCACAACCUGCCCCAUAUCACAGUCAGCAUCAAAACGCCCGACAAUGUUACUUUGCACGCCUUUUGGAUUAGUCAGCCGGAGGAGCGCUCCAAGUCGGUGCCCACGUUGCUCUACUUUCACGGCAACGCUGGAAACAUGGGACACCGUAUGCAGAACGUCUGGGGGAUCUACCAUCAUUUGCACUGCAAUAUUCUAAUGGUGGAGUAUCGGGGGUAUGGCUUGUCGACGGGUGUCCCCACAGAGCGAGGAUUGGUUACCGAUGCUAGGGCGGCCAUUGAUUACCUGCACACCCGUCACGACCUGGACCCCUCGCAAUUGAUCCUUUUCGGUCGCUCCUUGGGUGGAGCAGUGGUGGUCGACGUGGCAGCUGAUACCAUAUAUGGACAAAAAUUAAUGUGCGCCAUUGUGGAGAAUACAUUCAGCAGCAUACCGGAAAUGGCCGUGGAGCUGGUGCAUCCCUCUGUGAAGUAUAUACCAAAUCUGUUAUUUAAAAAUAAGUAUCAUUCUAUGAGCAAGAUAAGCAAGUGUUCGGUGCCCUUCUUGUUUAUAUCGGGUCUUGCGGACAAUUUAGUGCCACCGCGCAUGAUGCGUGCCUUGUAUACUAAAUGCGGUAGCGAGCUAAAGCGUUUGCUUGAGUUCCCGGGAGGUUCGCACAACGACACCUGGAUUGUGGACGGGUAUUAUCAAGCAAUCGGAGGAUUUAUAGCAGAGCUACAACAACAGCCAUCACCACUUCUGAAGGCGCCGGAGAAGAGCAAUGUUUGGGUGGAACUAGAGCAUAAAAUUAUUGAUGUAUAGCAUCUGAGCCCGAAUACAUCAAGUGUUCAAUUGACUGUGUUAACACUGCGAAUGGUUUAAUACUUACAGAUACAAACAUAAUAUAAAUCUGUAUUUAGCAGGGUUUUAAUCCGGACGUUUGUUUAUGCCAUGUUGCUUUUUAUGUGCAUAAGAAUAACGUGCUAGCGAAUUUGGCUGUUGAUUUUAAAUAACUACGAUUUUGCUCUAAUGCAAAUGAAGCCACAUUAAAAUCCGAAUUUUAUUUAACUUUUAUUGGUCCGAAGUUUAAUUUACUGAACUCUGCUAUUCUACAAUUCGGCGCGAUUCCUGACGACUUUAUUAUAUAAAUUAUUCAGUAUUUAACAAACAAAAUAGCCUGUACUGUGGACUGAUUUAUAGUUUUCUAAAUGUGCUUAAGAAACUUUCAACCCUAGCACGUUUUCUUUUAGUGUUGGUUCCAUUUUUGAAAUGUUAUGCUAUUUACUUGUUAAGAUUGCGAAAAAAACGAGAAAAACUAGCUUAAGAUUAGACUUAAGUAAACGAAACGUGGAAAAUGAAUAAACAAUAAGCAUACAAUUGCUAGAAUCCAAUGAAA